AUGGCUUCCGCGGCGAGUUUCGCUGGCCAGCUUCUCCUCCUGUGUCUUGCUCUUUCUGCAGUCCUCUGUUUCGCUCAGCCGGCUACUACGAGCUUGAUUAACUUAGGUUCCAGCAUAACUGCAGGCACAGGAUCCAAAUCCACGUGGAAUUCGCCUUCCGGCGAUUUCGCGUUCGGAUUCCACCGUCUUUCCUCCGACAAAUUUCUCGCCGGAAUUUGGUACGACAAAAUCUCUGACACAACUCUGGUCUGGUCCGCAAACCGUGAUGACCCAGCCGAAAUCGGAGCCACGGUCACCUUAACGCUCCAAGGACAGCUCCUUCUCACGCAUUCCAACGGGACCGAGCUCUUCAUUUACAACGGAACCUCCGCCGGCUCCGCCGCCAUGCAAGACGACGGCAAUUUCGUCCUCCGAAGCUCCUCUGCUUCCGGCGACGCCGUGUGGCAGAGCUUCGAUUUCCCGACGGAUACGAUUCUGUUGGGCCAGACCCUGGUCAUGGGUCAGAAGCUCUUCUCCAACGCAAACGGAACGGCGGAUUACUCCACGGGGAACUACAUGCUGGAGCUUCAAUCCGACGGUAACGUCGUGAUUUCCGCUUACAGGUUCGCCGAUCCAGGCUAUUGGUUCACGUUAACGGCAGGGAAACAGAACGUGAGCUGGGUUUUCAACCAAACGACGGCGUUUAUGUACGUCAGGGACGACAAUUCAACUCUCUACCCAAUGACGACCCGAAUCCCAGGUCCGAUUCAAGAUUACUAUCAUCGGGCGACGAUCAACGACAGGGGAAACAUCCAGCAGUUCGUCUACAACAAGCGAAACGGCACCAGAUGGACCGUCGUUUGGGAGCCGGACUCAAUCGGUUCGGAGCCUUGCCUCCCGUUCAACAUCUGUGGAGUGUACGGAUUCUGCACUUCGCUGGACAACAAAACAAUUGAUUGCAAAUGCUUGCCGGGCUACUCUCCCUGGGAUCCGAAUGUGCCUUCCAAAGGCUGCUACCCGAAUGCGGCGAUGGAUUUCUGCGAUUCCACGAAUCCGAAUUCUCGACAAUUCGAUCUCGUCACCAUCGACAAUGCCGAUUUCCCCAAUGGACAGUUCGCCGACAUGGCGAGGCUCACUCCGUUGAAUGUGGAGCAAUGCAGGCAAGCUGUGAUGGACGAUUGUUACGCCGCGGCAGGGGUGUUGGUCGAAUCGAUUUGUUACAAGAAGAGAAUGCCCCUUUUGAAUGGCAGGAGGAGCAAUCCGUCCACCAACAACAUUGUGGCAUUCCUCAAAGUGCCUAGGAUCAACGGUACAACUAGUGGAAUUGAACCUCGGAAGGGGAAUAAUGAUCCCCCUUCCAAGCUCUCGUUGCUGCUCGGGAUUCUUUCCUGCACUGCAAUGACUUUAGCUUUCGCGACGAUCGCGGUUUACCAUCACCCGCUCAUGCGGAGGAGGGAUGAUAAAUCCGCGAUUCAGAGGCCGAGGGCGGUAGAGAUAAAUCUGAAGUCGUUUUCGUUUCAGGAAAUGCACGAAGCGACGAACGGGUUUCGAAACAGGCUUGGGAAGGGCGCGUUUGGGACGGUCUACAGCGGAAUCCUGACAUUGGAAGACGACGAGGAAGCGGAAGUGGCGGUGAAGGUGCUGGAGAAUGUGAUGGAACGAGGGGAGAAGGAGUUUCUAACCGAGGUUCAGGUAAUCGCUCUGACCCAUCACAAGAAUCUCGUCAGGCUUUUGGGAUUCUGCAACGAGAACAAGAAGCACCGCGUGCUGGUCUACGAGCUCAUGAAGAAAGGAACGCUAUCCGAUCACCUGUUUAGUAGCAGCGGGGAAGGAGAGAUGGGAAGGAGGAAGCCAGGGUGGGAACAGAGAGCAGAGAUCGCAAUGGGAAUCGCCAGGGGAUUGGUUUACUUGCACGAGGAGUGCGAGACGCAGAUCAUCCACUGCGACAUCAAGCCGCAGAACGUGCUGUUGGACGACAAUUACACCGCCAAGAUCGCGGAUUUCGGGCUGGCCAAGCUUCUGAUGAAGGACCAGACGCGGACCAGCACCGUGGCCAGAGGGACCAUGGGUUACAUGGCGCCCGAGUGGCUCAAAAACGCUCCGGUGACCGUUAAGGUCGAUGUCUACAGCUUCGGGGUCGUGCUGUUGGAAAUUGCCUUCUGUAGAAGGCACAUGGAGCUGCAUCGAGUUUUGAGUGGUUGUGAUGGUGACGAGAUGGGAGGAGGAGAAGGCGUGAUUCUGACGGAUUGGGUGGUGGAGUGUGUGAGGGCUGGGAGAUUGCGCGAGAUUAUCGCCGAGGAGGAUUCGGAAGCUUGGAAUGAUUACAGGAGGUUUGAGAGAACUGUGAUGGUUGGGUUGUGGUGCCUGUGUCCUAAUCCGAAGGACCGGCCGUCGAUGAAGAAGGUUGUGGCGAUGUUGGAAGGGUGCGGUGAAGUUGGUCUUCCGGUAGCGUUUGAAGCACACAUGGCUUGA